AUGGAUCACGAAGAUCUCACAGCAUCGCAUUGGGACGAUGUGAUAUCGCCUCAUUCAGAAUACACGUAUAAUGCAACCAGUCCAUCCAUUCCCCCAUUAAACAACCAAUUUGGCGAGUUAUCGGUAGAUGAUAGCGAGGACAACGACGAAGAUGACGAAGAAGACCAAGAAGAAGGGGACGAAGUACAAAACCCUCAAACUCCACGCCAUGGAUAUAGUAACCCGAUAGAUGAACAGAGAGACGAGCUAGAAAAGGACGAAAGAAAUGAACACAAACACAAGUUGUUAUCGGAGCUCACGCACGGAUCAGAAGAGAAUCAGCUAGAAUCGCUUAUAAAAACGCCUGAACAUAUCAAUCCAUCGGAAUCGCUUUUUAACGAGAAAGAUAGUCCGAUAAAACCUUCCACUUCUGUAUCUAAUGAGCAACCAAUCUCUCCAAAAAAGGUGUCCAAUUUGAAGACGAGUAAAUACAAGCCUACAAGACUACGCAAGUUUAGUUCCAAGACUAUCGUUCAUCACCUUGGUAAUGAAAAAAACAAAAAGGAGCCAUUGGGCCCAUUGGGAGAGCUGACUGACGCAAGGAUUAACAAAGAAUCUGCCCCAUCUAGUAGCAAUGGUGAUAGUCUGAAUAACAAUAAUAAGGAUCUAUUGGUUCAGCAGAUCGAGGCACCGUUAUACGAUAUAGAUAAUGGUACUAAAAACGAAACUCCCCACAAAAUAGGCCAUUCUAGCCAAAAAUCAGCUUCCAAUGAUGACUCAAAUAUUGCUCAUACAGUGAAUGCGCCAUCAAAUUUGGAAAUAUCGGUUGGGGAUCCAAUGAAAGUAGGGGAUAUUACUAACGCUCAUAUUGUAUAUUCCAUCAAAACCAAGAACAAGAAACCUGAUUCUCAAUUAUUGCCACGAGGCACCGAUACGUUUAUAGUAUCUAGGCGUUACAAAGACUUCCGGUGGAUAUACCAUCAAUUACAAAAUAAUCAUCCUGGUAAGAUAAUUCCGCCACCUCCAACAAAACAAACUUACAUUGGAAGAUUUAACGAGAAUUUUAUCGAGAAUAGAAGAUUAUCUUUAGAAAAGAUGUUAAAUAAAAUUAGUCAUAGCCCGUCAUUACAAGAAGACCCCGAUUUUAUAAUGUUUUUGGUGAGCGAAGAUUUUGGCAAUGAGUCCAAAGAAAGAGAAAAAUUGAGUGGCUCGGGAGCUUCAUUACAAAAUGACGAAUUUUUGGAUAAUGAGAGUAAUACAUCUAAUACAGAUUCCACUCCCGUUACUGUUGGUAACAAUGCCGGAGGAUUCAUGAGUUCAAUAUUCUCAAUGUCACAAAAAAUCGAAGAACCCGAUGAAUAUUUUAUCCAAAAGAAAGAAUAUAUUGAGAGCUUAGAACAUAAUUUAAGAGUUUUCUAUAAAUCAAUCGAGUUGAUAAACAACCAGAGGCAAGAAAUGGCAGGAUUAGUAGACGAAAUAUCGUUGACUAUCGACGAACUAGCAAGCUUGGAGAUCCUGAAAAUUACAACCGAUUUGUUGAGUUCCUUCAGUGAUGUACAGCUAAAAUUAAAGGAAAACCUCGAUCGCAUAAAUUUGCAGGAUCAAUUAACGUUGGGAUUUACAAUAGAGGAAUAUUUAAGAAUCAUUGGGUCGAUCAAAUAUGUAUUUGAAUCGAGAUCAAAACUUUAUCAACAAUAUUAUAAUUUCAAUCAGGAGUACAUUAAAAAACAAGCUCAAUUAAGCAAGCUAAACAAAAAAUUCAGAGUUCAAAAUGAUAAAGCCAGCAACUUAAAUUUUGAAGUCGACAAAUUGAGAGCUAAGGUGCAAACAUUUGAAAAGAAGUUCAAUUUGAUUAGUGAAACAAUAAAAUCAGAACUUGAAAGAUUCGAGUUUGAAAAAAUCGAUGAUUUCAGAAACAGUGUUGAAAUAUUUAUCGAAAGUUCAAUAGAAUCGCAAAAGGAAGCCAUCGAACUAUGGGAAACGUUUUAUGAACGGGAGAAUUUAUCUAAGAUUUGA